AAUCCUUUACUUUUUUCUCCCUUUUCAUCUGUAAUCUUCACCAUCUUUCUGAGCAGAUAGCAAUGGCUAUUCGCUUGCCUGGUAUUACAAAUGCUAAGAACAUUCUCCGCCGAUCAAACUCAUUUGCAAAGAAAGCAGCUUCAGCAUUUAUGGAUGUUCCAAAGGGCCACCUUGCUAUAUAUGUUGGAGAGGGCCAAAAGAAGCGGUUCGUUGUUCCGGUAUCAUUUCUGAACCACUCUUCAUUCCAACAAUUGCUAGGCAAGGCUGAGGAAGAAUUUGGAUUUGAUCAUCCAAUGGGGGGCCUCACAAUCCCCUGCAGCGAAGACAUCUUCACUGAUCUCACUUCUCGCUUACAAGAGUUGUUGUAGUACAUAAACAAGCAGUGCAAAUUUUUGUAAAUCCAUGUAUAUUCUCUCUUUCGU